UCCAAGUAUCCAGUUAUCUCAUGAUAGAAUCAGAGAUAACUGGCAGAUUGCAUGUGAGUCUGUAUGGACCUAGUAGAGGGUAGAAGAAGAAGAACUGACAGAUUCUGGUAUCACUGUACAUUCCUGUGACAUGACUGCGUGAGCGUGAGUUCGUUGAUAUGCGAUGUGAGAUAGGAGAAGACGAUAGGAUGUAUGCGAUCGAUGACGAGGAAGAAAUCGUUCCAAGCUCAACGCAGGACAGGCGGAUUCUGUCGGCUCCAGCCCCCAUCAAGAAAGUACAGUUCUUCGACAGCAGAGCUUUCCUGAUGUGUUCGCCGCAGGGCGCGUACAAAGUGUCGCGGAACGGCGAGUUCGCUUUGCUGAGCAAAAACGCCUUGGGCAUGGGCGGCGAGUUCUUCCAGGUGCUCAUCGUUAAGAACAACGGCGUCUAUCUCGACAACAAACAAGUAAAGUCCUCCACGCUGUUGUUUCCCCUUAUACCGAAUGCGAGCGAGACAGUGUGCACUUUUCCUCUGAAUCCAGCGAGCACCGAGCCACGGCUCAUGAGCCGUUUCACUGCCGGUUGGGAAGUUGAAGGAAAUCUGUGCGUUGUCGGAUAUCACAGGAAACUGUAUACGCUGAGGGCCGAUACCGUACAGUUGGUUUACAUCAGUGACAACACUAUCGUGGACAUCCUACCUGUGAAGAGACGAGAUAAGGUAGCUGGUCUACUGCUUCUUACAGAACAAGCGAAUCUGGUAAUCUUGAUACAUGAUACAGAUAACAAGUGUACAGGAGAACGUGGACUGGUUUUUGAAAGAAUAUACCUUGGAGAAAAUAACAAUACGAUGCUCUGUGCUGUUUUCAGUCUACAAAAGGAAAAUAUUUUGUGGAUGAUUUGCUGUAAUCAGUUCAGGACAUAUUACAUAAGAAAGGAGCUCUUCGUUGAAAUGAUUCAAGAGGCGAAAGUAGAAGAGAGAACGUUUACAUGUAUGCAGUAUUAUAAGCCAAAUAUAAUUCUAGGUCUUUCACAAAGGAAGGAAUUGAUUGAGGUGUCUCUAGAGGAGUUGGAUAAUUCUUUGUCAAUCGAUAAUAAUAUUGUUCUUCAUAACAGAAUGUUUCAAAAAACAGAUAUUAUCAUGGAGAAAAUUUGUGCCAAAGUAAAGGAGCUCAAUGCACUCUAUCAGGUUUUGUCAGAUGAGCAAGAUAAACUGAAAAGAAUAAAUAUCUAUGCUGCCAAGCAAAAACUACAAAUAAGUUCUGAUAUUGAAGUAUCUAGACUGUGCAAGCAUCGUUAUCUUGGUUUAAAUAUCCUAGAUAAACUGCCUAAAAGUAGUUAUGUGGUGCUUUCUCUUGCUUCUAAAAAUCAAAGUACAUUCUGCAUGAAGAAAGUCGUGGAAAGUCAUGCACUCAAGAUAAAAAUGCCCAUCAAUAAAAAUCAAAUAUUACGUUCUUCAUCUAUCAGUAUGGAUUUAAUUACAUUGAUGAACGAACAACGUCCAUGGUGCCUCGUACAGAAUUUUAUAAACCCUUUGGUGCAGCAUAUUAAGAGGAAAGGAAGAUCAAAGGAAGACAAAACUAUCUUUAUAGAUACUAAAAUAUCGUCGUUGCUACAAUCAAUAGCGAGAAAAGAAAUAAACAUGACAAAAUUAUGCGAAAUAAAAAAAAUCGUACGUGCAGAAUUAAGCAGAUAUAAAGAUACUUGA